AUGAGUGGCGACGAUGACAAACGGAUAACGGUGGAAACCGAGACGGUUCAAACGCCGGCUCAGAACCUACUGCCGGUUCAACCGGAAGAUAAAGUUGACGACGCAGAAAGCAGUGGCAGAACGCAGGGAGAAACACCCGCCAAGCUUAUAGACCACAAUCCAAUGUCAUUGCAUAACAGCAGCGGGGCGAUACGGAAUAAAAAAUCGAAUCUGUUCAUGGACUCGUUUUUGGGCAAAGAAUCGUCGCCCUCAAUAUCAUCGGGCAUCACACACAAACCGCUCGCAACGGGCAGCAUUGCACCUGCUAAACCGUUUCGGGAGUCUACCGAAGACUCUGGGCUCCCACUGCCGUCCCGGGCAUUGGUGGCUGAAGAACAGAGGAUAGACGAAAAACUGGGAGGUUCAGCAACGCUUCCACCUGCACCAGGCGAGCAUGCUGUAGAAGAACCCGUACGCAAGCAUAGAGAACCGGCCAAGAAAUCGGACUUUUUCGCAGCCAGACUUGCAUCUGCAGUUGGCGAAAAUGAGAUCAGUGACUCAGAAGAAACUUUCGUUUACGAAUCAACAGCCAACUCAAAUAAAAACGUGGUACCCGUUGAAACGCGCUCUCACGGUGUGCCUACAAGGACCAGUGCACCUUUACUAAAUCACACUUCACCAAAUGCCAAUAACUCGAAACUUUUGAAUAGGGCCAAGGCUACGCGCCACACCAGCAUAGCUGCAAUCCCACCGCCGGUAUCGGAACAGUCCGACGACCUGCACAGUCUCAAGUACGUGAACCGCAAUAACCCGCAAGAGAUCCGCUCUGUGCGCUCUUAUACCACAAUGCCUCAAUCCCCGGGAAAAAGGCUUUCUCUGAUAUCACUCGCACAGAAUGGCGGAAGCUCUGCACCACGUCGCACGUCUCGCAAAAUCUCCAACAGUGCAAACGCGAACAACGUGAGACGGAAGGCGUCACAUCGAAGGCAGCUCCGUACCACCGCGUCUAAGAUAUUUGAUGCGCAUGGAGCAUCUCUGCGACGGUACUCGGGUGUUCCUGAUGAUGUCAACUUGGAAGACUAUAUCGAACAAACCGGUGGAGAACUGACGCCCAACAGGUUUGCGUACCACAGCGAUUCAGACUUUGAAGAUGAGCCUGUGAGUUACACUCGCCAUGGUGGUGAUGAUGAAGAAGACACGCAUUCGAUGUUUUACUACUCGCACCCAAAGGCAGAUCUAGAGGCUCGUCAGGGCUUAUCGGAUUACGAAGAAGAAGAUGGAGAGGAAAAUGAUCGUGCUGCACAGCUAGGAUACCCUGCAGGCAUGGAGUACUACGCAGAUAAUUAUUUCUAUCAGCCCACUGAAGCCACGCCGUUGAAGAAGAAAACCUCUCACCACACUCGGUACUCGCCCCAUAACUUUUACACAACCAAGACCACUUGGACUAAACUCAGGAAUUUCGUUUAUUUUGCAUUUGUGGUCUCUUUUUUACUUACACUGGGCUUCAUUUCUGGAUUUUUGUUGGCAACCAACAAGGAGCUUCACGAUUUAGAGAUCGCAAAGGUCACAUCUGUUUUGGUCAGUGCAGAUGAGUUGGUGUUUGAUGUUCUUGCAACCGCCUUCAAUCCUGGCUUCUUUACUGUGGAAAUCAAAAAGGUCGAACUGGAUAUUUUCGCCAAAACCUCACACCUGGGGGUUGAGGGUGACCCAUAUGGCACCCCAUACCAAACAAUUCUGCUGGGCACAGUAGACAGCAUGGAGACCUCUUUACAGUUUCAAGGUGGAUUUUUCCACCGCAACUACGACAUAUCAAGGUCAAGUGUCAAACUGUUGAAACCUGGACUUGUAGAUGAGAACGGCAGGAAAGACGACGAAGAGCCAAUUGGACGAGUGAAAAAUGCGGCUGCUGGAAAGCCUGACAGUGAGCCAGAUGCGCGGGUGGAGAUUGAAAAUGGUCUUGAUAAAUGGCGACAAUUGUUACGUUACGAUUUCGAACUGAUUGUUCGCGGAAACAUGUACUACAGAAUGCCCUUUUUCAACAGCGAAAAAAGCGUGGGAGUGCAGAGCUCGACGACAGUUGAUCCAGGCGACGAUGGGAAUGAUAAUUUUCUACUUGCUAGGUCGUAA